GAAGCUGCUCGCGUGGUGAGAACUGCAAGUUCUCGCACGAGAGGCAGGAUGAUGUCCAGGAGGCCGGCGCGGUGCAGGAUGAUGUUGAGGAGGCCGCGGAGGUGCAGACAGAGGGGCUGACAAGCAAGCACAAGCGCCUGAAACACCCGUCUGAUCCCACGCAGACAGCCAAAAAGAAGAGGACGAAGGAGGAGGCCGCCAUUUCGGCCGAGAUGGCCUCCACCUCCCGACCAGGCCGGGAAGGGCCAAAGAAGAAAAAGACCAAGGCAAAGGUGCCGGAAGAGGAACCGCAAGAGGACGGAGGCGACGGCUCUCCGCAAGCUGAGCUGAAGCGCAAGCAGCGCAAGCGCAGAGAGCACAGAGACGCGACGACUCAGUCGGAAGCCCCGGAAGCCCCGGGCCCCCAAGGACCCCAAGGCCUCCAAGGAACGGCAAAGAGGAAGGAGAGGAAGCUUCGGCGCAAGACUGCCCAGGAUGUUCCUGCCGUUCCCACCGCUGCUCCGGCAGCCAAGGGUCAGAAGACCAGAAAGAAGCGGAAGGCUGCGGCAUAG